AUGGCUACCGUGAAAAAGUAUGCAACCGUUCGGGCCCACCCUCCAGCAAUCAAGAUGGUGGUUGCCGCUAUCGUGGCACUGAAGGAGAAAAACGGUUCGUCCAGUCAAGCCAUCAGAAAGUACAUCAAGGACACAUUCCAAGUCGACAUGGACAGGCAGGCCGUUUUCAUCCGAAAAGCCCUCAAUACCGGUGUGCAGAAGGGAGUUCUUAUCCAGACCAAGGGCAAGGGAGCUUCCGGUUCAUUCAAAUUGGACCCAGCAAAGGACAAGGCCAAGGAACAGGCGGAGAAGGUCAAAGAACGAGCCAAGGCCAAGAAAGAGAAGGAUCAAGCAAAGAAAGCAGAGAUGAAAGCCAAGAAAGUAGAGAAAGCCGCAGCCAAGAAGGAGAAGGCCAAGAAAACCAAGAUAACCAAGAAGAAGACUCCAAAGAAAAUCGUCAAGAAGACACCCACCAAGAAAGUUGCAGCCAAGAAAACAGCAGCCAAGCCAUCAAAGAAAGUCGCCAAGCCCAGCAAAGCCGCAAAGAGUCCAAAGCCAAAGAAAGUAGAGAAAGCCGCAGCCAAGAAGGAGAAGGCCAAGAAAACCAAGAUAACCAAGAAGAAAACUCCAAAGACAAUCGUCAAGAAGACACCCACCAAGAAAGUUGCAGCCAAGAAAACAGCAGCCAAGCCAUCAAAGAAAGUCGCCAAGCCCAGCAAAGCCGCAAAGAGUCCAAAGCCAAAGUGGUCGUUUCAGGCUUAG